AUCAAUGCAAAUAAAAAUGAAGUUAAACCUAGAGAAGACAUUUCCUGAAAAUAUCAUUAUUGGGUUAUUUUUCAUAAACGUUGAAUCCUUGAAACAUUUAUUGAUAAGUAAACGGAUUGAAUUAGCAGAAUUAAUUAUGAAAACACAUGCGAGUUUAACAACCGAGAAAAUAGAAAUAUGCUGCGCAGAAUACAAUAGGAUGUAUCUGAAGCUUAUUGAAGUUCCCACUACAGUAGAACAAGUGUUUGAAAUAAGAGAAUGGAUAAAUGACUUGCCAAAUUUAAUUAGUGAUCAAACUGAAAUCUUAAAACGAUUAUUAAAGGAAAUGGAUAUGUUGGAUCCAUUUUUGUGGAUAUUAGAAGAUGAACAAUUAAAAUUAAAAUAUAGCUCUUUAAUUUGGCCUUAUAAGAUUAGCUUAAAAGUAAAAGUCUUUAGAAAAUAUAGCAAUUUAUAUUUUAGAAAAACCUUAUUUAACAUCAAUAGGGCUAAUUGAACCCCAAAUUGCUGAUUUACAAGCUACUAUUGAAAAUAGCAUUCGCUUAGCUAUUAUUCCAAUAAAAGCGUACUGCAAAGAAUAUAAUAUUCACUCACAUUUAUAUA